UCCACCACCAGCAUCCUCGCCGCCAGCACCACGAAGUCCUUCCCCGCGCACUGCUUGUUGUCGACCGUCGGUGCCCCGCUCUCCGGCCCGUUCGACCACACCACGUGCCGCAGCAGCCUCUCCCCUUCCUCCCCCACGAACCUCCCUGGCACAAACUCCUCCGCCCGCUCGAAGAUCCGAGGGUCCCGGGUCGCGAACGGCUGGAACCCGUACAGCAUCUCCCCUUCCCUCACCUCGUACGCCGCGUCGUGCGACUCCACCACUAGAUCCCGCCGCGCCCGCCCGUACUGCGACGGCACCGGCGGCUCCAUCCGCAGCGCCUCGUACACCACCGACUUCACCAGCGGCAUCCCCUCCAUGGCCGCCAUCGUGACGGGCCCAGGCCCGGGCCCGACCGCCGACCGGACCUCCUCCGCCAGGCGCGCGUGGACCCCCGCCCCCGCCCGCCCGAUCCACUUCAUCAUGUUGGGGAACAGGAUCUUCAUCCCCCCGAAGGAGUUGAAGCACGUGGUGAAGACUAAGUUGUGGCAGGCCUCCUCCCGCCCGAUCCCUAGCUUCUCCGCGUGCUCGAGGACGGCCGUGGAAUUCUGGCGGGAGGGGGAACGUGUGAAGGAGGCCGUCCUCAAUCAGACGCGGGAGGCCCAAAAUCAGAAGGGGGUGGAGGUGGAACAGCACCCACUUGCUCACCAGCUUCGGCCCGUCCGACCCGAGGAUGCCCACGCGCGGGCUCUCGAAGAGCUCCGAGUAGCAGGCGCUGAACUCCGGCAUCACGUGCUCCCGGCGGUGGGAGAGGAGGAAGAAGACGAGCUUCUUCAGCUUGGCGUGGUUGGGCUCGGUGGGGUCGAGGAAGGAGACGGUGCGGUAGCCGCCGGUGAGCUCCGGCGAGGGCAUGUAGGUGCCGGUGAAGAGAUCCCUCUUCUCGACCUUGUCGGUGUCGAAGAGUGUCGGGAAGCUUUUACCGUCGAGCAAAACGACGACGUUGGGGUUGAAGGAGAUGAGGGGUCCCGGCGGCAUGUUUGUGCGGAAGACGGUGGAGUUGUAUUUUUUUAUUCGGGAUUUGAAGAAUUCUUCCCGGCCCUGGUUGUAGAAGAAAUCCUGCCGGGACCGAUGAUGGGGAGACCACAGUCUCCGGGGAUUUUGCGGAGGGGGAGCUUGGAGGAAUUCGGCGGCGGCAGCGGCGGCGGCGCCGUCCUUUGUGAUUUUUCUGACAGGGCAGCCGUGGUGAUUGGGCGUGUUUUGAGUCCCAUGAAAGACUUUGAGGGGAGGUGUAAUUUUGAGGGUGAUGUGCGAGAGGAGAAUUUGAGGUGUAGAGAUGAUGGAGAAGAUGACGAAGCAGCCAUUGUUGUUGUGCUGAUGAUGAAAAGAAUUGGUGGGUGGGUU